GGCGGGCUGGGCUGGCCGGAGGACGGGGGUGGCUCCCGGGGCCGCCCCUCUGCCCGCUUCCUCCGCCGCCUGCCCCGGGCCACGACCGGAGCUUGCUGCCCACCGCCGGCGGCGGUAGCAGGGCCGUGCCGGGUUCCUCGGCUUCAUCCCCGGCGUGCGGCAGGAGGGGCCCGAGGGACGGCGGAGUGUGCUGCUGCUUGCCCAGGCUGUGGAGCUGGUGGUGCUAAUUGGAGGAGGUGUUCCCCCAUCUGGAGUCGUGGUGGUGUCCCUGCUGUGCUGAGGCAGAGCAGCACAGGGUGGCUAAGGAUGGUGGAGUGUGGAGGUCUGCAUCGCUGCUGGGAGCCUGGGAGUUGCUGCUGGAGAGCCUGAGGCGAGGGGAUGGACCUUGUCAGAGGGUCCCUGGACAGAAAGCUGCAGCGGCCACUGCUGGGGAAGUCUCGGACGCUGCCCAGCAUCCCGCAGUCGCCGGUGCUGAGCAGGCUGCCCCUGCUGGACUCCAAGACCCGCAGGGACGAGAUGCCAGAGCAAAAGCCCUACCAAAUGCACCCCAAUGGCUCUGAGCACCAGAAAGGCUGCACCGUCCCUUCCACCGGGGAUGCCUGGCGGCUGGAGGACGACUGUGCAGAGCCUCCGAGCGCCCCCCGGCUGGGCACGGCGGUGGAGGAUGCCCCCUUCAGCUACUUCCGCACCCGCUCCUUCUACAUGAGGAAGAGCCUGUCGGUGGACAACCACCUGGGGGCCCUCAGCUACGCUGUGCACCCGGCAGAGACCAAGGCCGAGCGGGUCAGGACCAAGCUGCGGCGGCAGUUCAGCCUGGGGUCAGCAGACAAGAAGGACUUCUACCAGCCCAAGUCGGAAAGCAGCCUCUCUAGGUUUGCCCACCGCUUGUCGGUGAAGCAGAAGCAGGAGAAGAGAAGGAAAGCUGAGUAUGGCUCAGCCGAGCUGUCUGCCUUCCGGCCCAGGUCCCUGAGCAUUGAAUGGUCAUCGUCCCCUAAGAUGACGCAGCAGAUGCGGGACCUGCAGCUGGCGCAGGCCAGGAAGCCUCCAGGCCCUUCCUCACCCAACGCAGCCAAGAGGCUCUACCGCAACCUGUCCGGGAAGUUCCGCGUCAACUACACCUCCUUCGACGAGGGCAGCCUGGCCGGGCGCGGCGACAAGGACAAGCUCCGCAAGUCCUACCUGUUCCAGAGCAAUGCUGCCCUUUUCGAGGCUGUGGAGCUGCAGGACCUAGACAGGGUCCAGGAGCUGCUGAAGCAGUACAGCCCGGAGGAGCUGGACCUCAACACUCCCAACAGCGAGGGGCUACUGCCCCUGGACAUCGCCAUCAUGACCAACAACGCUCCCAUCGCCAGGGCUCUGCUGCAGGCAGGAGCAAAGGAGAGCCCACACUUCGUGAGCCUGGAGAGCCGCUCGCUGCACGUCUCGACGCUGGUGCGGGAAGCGGAGCUGCGCGUCAACGAGCUGACGGCGCAGGUGGUGAACGAGGCGCCCGGCGCCGACUGCUCCGACAAGGAGAAGCAGCUGAAGGCCUGGGAGUGGCGCUAUCGGCUCUACAAGCGCAUGAAGGCAGGCUUUGAGCACGCCCGAGUGCCAGAUGCCCCUACCAACGUCCACCUCUCUGUGGCCAGCAGCUCCUCGGUGCAGGUGACCUUCUGGGAGCCCCUGAGCGUCAACUCUGCUGUUGUCACCAAGUACAAAGUGGAGUGGAGUUGCUCAUCCACCUUCUCACCUGUGCUGGGGGAGGCUGUGGUCGACAAGCUGAAGAACCUGCACUACACCAUCCAGGGGCUGACAUCGGGCACAGCUUACUACGUCCGGGUGUCUGCCUACAACAUGAAGGGCUGGGGCCCCCCGCAAGCCUCCGUGCCCCCUUUCGCCAUCCCUUCCAACUGGCGGGAGUACGACGGCCGUGCCCCGCGGCGACGGGGCCAAGCUGAAGCUCUGGACCAUCUGCUGAGCCAGGUGAAGACUGUCCACCAGCACUGCGUCUGCCAUGAGCCCUGCAAGAACCAGCCCCAGAGCAGAAAACACUCGGUCUCCAAAAGCCUCAAGCACCUCUUCCACCCUGGCAGCAAGUUCCUCAAGACACUGAAGCGGGGUCUCUACCUGACAGCCAUCUUCUACAAGGAUGACAACAUCUUGGUGACCCAUGAAGACCAGAUCCCUGUGGUGGAGAUCGAUGACACCUACUCCUGCCUGCUCAUGCAGGAUUUUCUCUGGUUCACCAAGGUGUCGUGCAUGUGGGAGGAGAUCCUGUGGCUGCGGCAGUGCGUCACCGUCUCCCAGUCCUCCUGCUCCUGCGUCCUGCAGACGCGCUUCAAGAUGCUGCUGGCCAUCUCUCAGAUGCAGGGGCUGCUGGGUAUCCAGGAUCUGGGGCAGGUCUUCUUCGAGCCUGUCAAAGAUAAACAGGGCAACAUCCUCAUCGUCACCCUGAAGGAGGUGAAGACCAACCAGACCUUCGAGAGCGUCCGCUGGGUGCCGGUCUGCAAGCUGCAGAGCAGCCGCAAGUCAGUGUCCUCCCCAGAGGAGCCUACUGCUCUGGACACGCUGCUCAUCUCCAUCCAGGACAAGCUGGCUUACCACCAGCGGAGCAGCCAUGCCCUCUCCCCAGGCCUCUACCUGGGCUACCUGAAGCUCUGCAGUGCCGUGGAUCAGAUCCGAGUGCUGGUGCCCGAGCAGCUCCCCAACAUCCUGUGCCACGUCAAGAUUCGCUCCAACCCCAACGUCUCCAGGGAGGAGUGGGAAUGGCUGCAGAAGAUGGCCAGCAUGGAUGAGCCUGUUCCUGUGGAGCCAGAGGCUGAGACUUCCCAGAACCACUUGUUUCAGGAGCUCCAAGUGGCCAUCAAGGAGCUGAUAACCCUGGUCAACAUCCCAUUGCAAGAGGCCAAAGAUUUCCGUCUGUACAGUCAAGAGGUGCUGGACUUUGGGGACCAGGUCUCCUUCCUGCUGCUGCUGCCUCCCUCAGAUGAUGUCUGCACUGCUCCAGGCCAGAACAACCCCUACACCCCUCGCUCCGGCUUCCUCACGCUGCCGCUGCAGAUAUUCGAGCUAGUCCACUUCUUCACCUAUGACCGGGAGUUCAUCACCCAGUACUGCCAGGUGUCUGCCCUCCUGGAGCUGGAGUCACUCCUGUCUCAGCAGAGCCUCAGGGAGGCCUUCUCCGACGUUGAGCUCUCCACUGCCAAGCAGAGGCACCAGCAGAUCCAGGACUACAUGCAGCAAAUGGAGGAGAUCUGGCGUGAGAUGCGCUGGAUCAUGGAUGCCCUGCAGCACGCCCGCUACAAGCAGCCCUCGGGCGGGGUGUCUCUCGGUGGCUUCCUCGGCGAGGCUGGUGGUGCAGCCAAGGAGAAACCCCGAUCCAGCUCCUCCCACCUCGACUACCUUCCCUCCCCAGCAGCCUCGCCGGAGACCAGCCGUAAGCUCAACUCCGACUCUCACGGGCUGUCAGAUGAGGAGGGCUCCUCGGAGGUGUUCCUGGCCACUGACAGCGACUACGACUCCAGCAGGGCACAGAGCCCGAAGGAGCUCGACCUGCUCUACUCCUCCGCGGGGCCCGAGUGCUGCAGCAGGAGAGCCGCCCGCAGCCUGCGGGACAGUGCUCCGGACGUCCUGCAGACCCACGAGCUAAAGACACCACCGCCACCACCUCCAGCUCCCGCGGGGGAGCCGCAGCCCCACGCCGAGCUCUACGACAGCGACUUUGUGCUGCCCAGCCGGCAGAUCGAGCUGCUGCGCAUCACGGAGAAGCGGCACGCUUACUGCGUCCGCACCAGCAGCCUGGACUUCCCCAAGCCCCACUGCCAGGCGGCCAGAAAGUCCUGCCCCGGCUCCGUCGACAGCUCCCCGACGGAGAGCAGGACCGCGGGGCAGCAGUGCGGCCAGCUCAGGCCGGGGACUGGCACCGCGCCCAGCCCCGAGCGUGGCCGGGGCGGGCAGGGCUCGGAGCCUGUCUUCCGGACGCGCUCGGCCGAGUGGACUCAGAACUUGCAGGAGCAGCUGGAGCAGCCCGGGGGCUGCUCGGGCGACCGAGGGAAGAAGCCAGGCUCUGUCACCCUGCGGGUCUGUCCUCAGUACGAAACUGGACUCUCCAAAGACACCAGCGUCAAGCUGCACAUCACCAGCCAGACGUCCGCUGGGGAGGUGGUGAAGCUGGUGGUGCUGGAGAUGAACGCCAUCUCCCGCGCCGUGCUGGGCACCUCGGCCGCCUUCUGCUACAGCGAGGAGCAGCUGGAGCACUUCGGACUGCUGUUCGCCUCCGACGAGGGCGAGCGGUGGCUUCCCGAUGACUUCCUGCCGCUGUCCCUCCAGAGCAGCCAGCCCGAGGGGCGGUUCUACGUCCGCAUCAAGGAGACCUCCCCUCUGGUGCUCCAGUACGGGCCAGCGACCACCGUAUAAGAGCAGGAGAGCCGGCGGGGCGGUGCGGGACCUCAGCUUCCAGAGAGCAGACAGCUCGUCUCUGAUGCUUCCUUCUUCCACAGACACCCUCUCAUCAGGCGUCCGCGGGGUGGAAUGGGCUCACACCGGGCUGUGUCUUAGUUGUUUGUGUUCUUCUCCUUGCUUUUUUUUUUCCCCCCUUCCCCCCCCUCCCCUUUUUCUUUCUUUUUUUUUAACCAAAGAGACACCAAGACUCAGUUUUUCUGACUGCAGAAGAGGAGGGUGGAGUGCAGAGACCUCAGAGUUUGGGAGGAAUCUCUGCAGGAAUGGAAUUUUUGAAAGUAAACAGUUUUCAAAGGGGAAGUGAGGGGAAGAAAGAGAGGAAAAAAAUUAGAAGAAGAAGGAGCAGCAAUACCUUUUUUUUUUUUCCUUCUGUAAAGCCUUGUUUGGGAUUCACUGAAGGCAAAGCCACAGAGGACUGCUGGGGUGGGUUGUGGUGUUCACCAGGAGAGAACAUGAGUCACAAAGGCAGCACUGAGAGGGUGUUUUCCUGCCUGCACUCCUUGCACUGUACCUGGAGAAACGAUUCUUGCACAUAGAUCCUGUAGAAUCCUAGGUCAGGUUGGAAGGGAGCUCAAGGAUCAUCCAGUUCCAACCCCCCUGCUGCGGGCAGAGACACCUUCUACCAGCCCAGGUUGCUCAAGGCUGGAGCUGCUGUGGUCUUCUGGGCAGCCAGCUCCAGCCUGGGGCUUCCCAAGGGCCGAGGCAGGUGCAGAGGGGGUCCCAGGUAGCUGCUUCCCAGCAAGGGGCUGCAAGCUGUGCACAGCUCUGUGCUGCUCCGAGCCAGAGGCUUUUGAUCCUGCUGCCCAUCAACCCAUUUGCAGCAGGCGCAUGGAAAUCCCAGCAUGGUGGGGAUUGGAGGGGACCUCUGGGCAUCAUCCAGUCCAACCCCCCCUGCUAAAGCAGGGCAUCCACAGUCGCUUGCUCAGUUUCAUAGAGUCACAGAAUGGUAAGGGUUGGGAGGGAGCUCUGGAGAUCAUCCAGUUCAGCCCCCCUGCCAGAGUAGGAUCAUCGAGGGCAGGUGGCACAGGAACACAUCCUAGAUGGGUUUCAAAAGCCUCCAGAGAGGGAGACUCCAUAACCUCUCUGGGAAAAUGAUACCUUGGAGCAAAUUUUGUUCCAAACCUUGGGACAAACUGAUAGGAUUAUUUAGUGGUUGGGUGUUUUUUUUUCUUCCCCUGAUGAAAACAAAAACCCAUCAUAAUUGUGCUGGGGACCCUGGAGUUGUGCAAGAGAUGAAGCCCCUCUGACUUGUUUUAGAGACAAAAGGAGUGGCACAGCCAACCUCACAUGCCAGCUGGGUUGGUACCACCACCAGAGGUUUGCUAUAGGGCACCCACUGCAACCCUCCCACCCAUCCCCCUGGGAUCUUCUUUCCUCUUUGGUUGCUGUUUUGUUCUGGUGAUUGUGCUUGGCCUCUCUUGUACGUCCUACAGCAUGAUGUUUUGUUAGCCUCUAGGGCUCUUGUUAGCAAGGUUCUUUUUCUGAUCUCCUGUGGUCCAUAGUAAAGAUGACUGCUGCUGACCGUGUA